AUGGCUCUGACACGCUUUGAAGCUGAUGCAGUGAGAAACCGUUUGGCCGACCCAGAUGCUAAAAUCACAAGCGACGCGGAGAAUGCGGAGAAGUCCGAUGGUGCCAUUUGGCGGAGAUGGAAAUCCAAGAUGCGCAUGAGCGAAGAGGCUCUGGACUGCCUCGAGAAGGGCAGGGGGGACGCCAGCUCUGACUCUGUGCGCAGCCAGGCCUCGGAGAGGUCCUCCGAUGUGUCCCUGACCUUCAAAGACGUUUCCUUCGACGUGAACCCUCGUGGGGGACAAACGAAGCAGAUCUUGGCGCCCAUCUCCGGACACUUCGAGUCCGGCAAUCUGGUGGCCAUCAUGGGCCCCUCUGGCUGUGGCAAGUCCACCCUUCUGGACAUCCUGGCCGACAAGAAAACAGCAGGCUAUUCUGGCACCGUCCACUUCAACGGUCGCCCCCGAGACCACUUGUUUCCGCGGGUCUCUGCGUACGUGCCGCAAGAAGAGGCGAUGCCGAAGUGCUUGACCGUCAUGGAGGCGAUGGAGUUCAAUAUCCGCCUCAAGUUCGAAAGGCCGAGCCAGAUGACCCGGAAGAUGCAGCAGCUCUGGCUGGAGCGGCGGCUGGCCGUUCUGGGACUCGAGAAGGUGAAGGACCACUACAUCGGCGAUGGCCAUUCUUUGCGAGGGAUCUCUGGUGGUCAGAAGAGGCGUCUUUCCUUGGCGAAGCGCCUCGCAAGCGGUGCACGCGUGUUCUUCUGCGACGAGCCUACCUCUGGCCUCUCAGCGACAGAUGCGGAAGCUUGCGUAAGGUACAUGAAGCAUAUGUGCAGGUACUACAACAUCCUGGUGCUCGUAGUGAUACAUCAGCCCAGGAUAGAGGUGGCUAAUUUAUUCGAUGAGCUACUGCUGAUGACCUCCGGCCCUGGACGCGCCGUCUACAAUGGCAAGAUGGAGGACGUCAUCGACUAUCUGCGCAACGCAGGCUUCGAAGUGCCACUGCAUGCCAACCCGUUGGACUUCUUCAUGGACCUGGUUACACCGGAGCGCCAAGACGCGCGAGUGGACACGUUUGUGCUGCAAUACCGUGCGAAAGCCGAGCAAGAGGUCGCCGCGCGCGUGGAGGCGGGGCUCCAGGUGGAGCUGGUCGGUGCCUUCCAGCUACUCCAGGAAGUGCAUUUGUACAUGCAAACGUGGGGCAGCCUGACACCACUGCGGGACAGUGUUUAUGCCAGACGCUUUCGCUCACAGCUCUGGGUCGUCUUCAAGCGUCAGUUGAUUCUACGCUCACGCGACAAGAGCGGCUUUCUUGCCGAUCUGCUCGGUGGCCUGGCGAAGGCUCUGGUGGUCGGCGUCGUCUACAUGCGAACGGGUGAGCUGGGCGCAGCGCAACAAACCGCCUUCUUUUUCAUGCUCUGUAUGACCUGCGCCAUCGACGGCCUGAAGAGCAUGCCUGCGAUCAUCGGUGAGCGCAGCAUCGUCAAGAUGGAGGCAGCAGAGGUGCUUUACAGCGAGUGGGCCUACAUUUUCUCGUUUGGAGUCUUGAACACCUUGCAGAUGCUGCUGGUCCACAGCAUCUUCAUCACAGUCCUCUUUGCCAUGAGCGGCUUGAGAUGGCAGAUGUACGCUGAUGUCUAUCUGUGGUCAACUUUGCUGGCUGCCACCAUGAAUGCUCUUUACCUCAUGGUGGCAGCGAUAGCCAAAGAUGCCACCUCCGCGAUCGUUUUCUCUUCCCCGUUUAUGAUGCUCUUCUUGUUGUUCAAUGGCUUUACUGCAACGCGAUCAUCUGUCGUCCCAUGGAUGAGAUGGGCCAUUGAUAUUUCCCCGGUGGCAUACAGCAUUCAACAAAUGGUGUAUGCGGCAAAGCACACAUAUGCCGACGACGAGAACCUCGUCAAAGGCUAUGAGGGUGUGAUCCAGAUGUCUGAAUACAAGGACCAACCGACCAGAGCGAUCGCUGUGGUCGCGAUCUGCUUUGGCAUCUUCAAAACUGUGCAGCUGACGGCGUUCCGACGGCUGAACAAGAUUCAGAGAUGA